AUGGACUCCAAAUUCCAUUCUGUGAAGAAUUCCACUCGCCAAGAGAGACCCGAAGUCACUUUGAGCUCUACCAAAAGCGAAUACACUGGUCUCAGUUAUGCAUUGCGUGAAGCGAUUCCCCUCAUGAACCUACUCAAGGAAAUGAAGAGGCAUGGAAUCCCUGUCCUGGAUCAUCGCCCAAAAGUCCAUUGCAGAGUCUUUGAAGACAAUAGUGGAGCAUUGGAAAUGGCAAAAAUCCACAAGUGGAGAACCAGGACAAAACACCUCUGCACAAAACUGCACCACUUUAGGUCAUAUGUAAUGAGGAAGGAAAUUACCAUUCAUCCUAUUGAUACUGAGGAUCAACCAGCUGAUAUACUGACAAAUCCACUGGCCGUCCAACUCUUUAUCAAGCAUAGGAAAUGGUUAAUUGGCUGGUAA